AUGGAAAAUCCGAUAAAAAAACCUGUCGCCAUUAUAUCAUCCGAACGAGAUAAUGUUGAUAAACUUGCUAAAGAAAAUAAAACUCUUAAACAAAAAGUUGAUGUUUUAGAAAAAGAAAAUAUGUUACUUAAAAAAUCUAUUUAUGAUCUUUCUGUAAAAUAUGCGGAAGCAUCUCAUCAUCAAAGGGUUAGACCAUUUGUUAUUGAUUUCGAAGAAUCUCCUGUGCAGGAUGGUGGAAAAGAAAUUAACUUGGAUAAUUCAUCUGGAAAUGAAAAAAUUCGGGAAGGAAGAACUUUCCAUCCAAAAUCUGAAUUCAAGGGCCAUAAUGGUGCAGUUUAUGCAAUUAAUUUCUCACCAUGUGGUAAAAUGCUUGCUUCUGGUUCAUUUGACAAAACAGUUAGAAUAUGGGAUGCGAUAUCUUUACAAAAAGAGCAAGCUUGUUUAAAAGGGCAUACUCUUAAUGUAUCAGACGUGUGCUGGUCAAAUGAUUCUACCGCUGUGUUGUCUGGAGCUUAUGAUAAGACAUGUAAAUUAUGGGACAUAGAAACAAAUAGAUAUACUCAUUCUUUUGAAAGCGAAGGAUUUGUUCAAUGUGUAAUGUUUAAUCCACAAGAUAAUAAUUUAUUUGUUUAUGGAACUUCUCGCAAAAAUUUGUCAAUAAUUGAUAUACGGAAACCCGACAAUGCAUUAAACCUGAAAAGCGAUGGGAUGAUAAACUCACUCUAUGUCUGUCACGAUGGUCAAAAUGUUGUUACCGGUGAUUCUUUUGGAUUCGUAAAAACAUGGGACAUUAGAGCUGGGUUUGCAUUCCAAUCAUUUCUUAAUGAACCAACAAAAAAGCCCAUAUCACAUGUGGCAUUUGUAAAGAAAAGCCCUGAACCUCGGUAUAUGGCUGUUAAUAGUUAUGAUAAUGUAAUAAGGAUGUAUGAUCGCGGGAUUGAACCUUUCAAAACAAAACCACGACUAAUACACGUUUUGAAAGGUUAUAAAAACAAGGGUUGGCCUAUCAAGAGCUCAUUUUUUCUCGGAAAAGAAUAUAAAUACUCUACAGUGCAAAGAUCAACUCAGAAUAAUAAUAUUUAUGAUGGAGAAGAAUCACAAAAUAGUUCCACGGGUGAUGUCGCAUAUGAAAAAGACAAACCAUUAGAAGCAAGUCUCUUGUUGGCAACAGGCAGCGCUGAUCCAUAUGCAUAUAUAUUCAAUGUUGGAGGCCCUGAAGGAACGGGUGAAUUAUUGCAACGUUUAGAAGGACAUACCGAUUUUGUUUAUGCAGUUGAUUUUCAUCCCACAGAACCUGUAUUAGCAACUUGUUCAGCAGAUAAUACGAUAAAGGUUUGGGCUCCUAAUACUAGAGAUAUUUAUAAGAAUGUUGCUUUUAAUUCUUUAAAUUUCAUUUAUAAUGAGAGAUUAAUUGCGUAA